UAGAGAAGGUUAAGGAAAAUAAGAGAAAAUGCUAUUAUUAUAUAGCAUUAAUCAGAACUGUAAUCAGUAAAGCAAUCAUACUUGCAAAUCAAUAUUUCUGAAUUUCAGUUGGUCACUGCACCUACAUUCGAUCGAUUUGAGCAAAGGAGGAAAGCUAGAGACGAGAGAAGACAAAAAAUGGCUUCAGCUUCGACGUUUUGCCCAAAUCCAAGCCCUUGCACCAGUCGCGUCGUCUCCUCUUCAAGGAGACGGUUUACUAGCUUCGCCUUCAAAUCAGGCAGAACCUUGUUUGGCUCCGGCGUACCCUCCCGAAAUUUCUUUUCGCUGUCGACAAGAGUAAAUCGUACUGGGCCCGUUCCGAUUUAUGCUUCUUCUCAGACUUUUGAUGUGGUAAUCGUCGGAGCUGGAAUCAUCGGGUUGACUAUCGCCCGCCAGUUCCUGAUCGGUUCGAACUUGUCCGUCGCCGUCGUCGACAAGGCCGUCCCUUGUUCCGGUGCUACUGGUGCCGGGCAAGGCUAUAUAUGGAUGGUACUCAAAACACCUGGAAGUGAGAAAUGGGAGCUGGCAAUGAGAAGCCGCAAAUUGUGGGAGAUGCUGGCAGAGAGCAUACAUGAUCAAGGUUUGAAUCCUGCUGAAGUGAUGGGUUGGAAGAAGAGAGGAAGCCUAUUAGUUGGUAGAACUCCUGAAGAAUCGGAUUUAUUAAAAAGGAGAGUGCAGCAGCUAUCUGAGGCUGGAUUGCGAGCAGAGUACAUGUAUAGUCAUGAUUUGCUUCAAGAGGAACCUGCACUUAUGGUUGGAGAAGAUGGUGGCGCUGCCUUUCUACCUGAUGACUCCCAAUUGGAUGCUCAACUUACUGUUGCAUUUAUUGAAAAGGGCAAUAGACUUUUUGCAUCAAAAGGCAGAUAUGCAGAGUUCUAUCAUGACCCGGUAACAUGUUUGUUGAGGUCUGGUAGCCAUGGGGAGGUCAAAGGUGUACAGACUUCCAAAAAUACCUUGUACAGUAAUAAGGCUAUCAUUGUUGCAGCUGGUUGUUGGAGUGGGUCUUUGAUGCAUGAAUUGUUUAGAGAAUCAGAUAUUUUGUUGGAUGUCCCCGUGAAGCCACGAAAGGGUCACCUCCUUGUGCUUGAAAAUUUCAAUGCCCUUCAACUAAAUCACGGUCUAAUGGAGGUGGGUUAUAUUAAACAUCAAACCAUUUUAGCUUCAGAGCAACUUGAUCAUGGGCAAGCCUUGUCUGUUUCAAUGGGAGCCACUAUGGACACCUUGGGGAACCUUACUCUGGGAAGUAGCCGCCAGUUUGCAGGUUUCAGCUCUGAAGUGGAUGAGCCUGUUGUUGCUCAAAUAUGGAAGCGUGCUGCAGAAUUUCUUCCCAAGUUAAGAGAAUUUUCCCUUUCGGACUUCAGUAGGAGCAGAAAAGUGAGAAUAGGACUACGUCCCUAUAUGCCUGAUGGGAAGCCAAUGAUCGGGCCUGUGCCUGGGAUGACGAAUGUGUUUCUUGCGACUGGGCAUGAAGGGGAGGGGCUUUCUUUGGCUUUGGGAACUGCUGAAAUGGUUGCAGAUAUGGUGCUGGGCAAUCCAGGGAGAGUUGAUAGUGCACCUUUCGCGGUUCAAGGCCGCGGUUGUUGAGUGUGAUUUCACUUUAAUAUCAUGUGAUGAGAUAUCACUCCAACUCCAAGCAAUUUGUAUGGUAAACAAGCAUGAGCUAGAAUGAACAAAGACAUUUGUAUCGAGGCAACGCACCAAUGGUUUAGAGUUCUAAAGAAAAGUUCUCUUGGUAGGACUGUUCACCUGACCUGAAAAUACUCUUCCGACCCGACCUGAUCUAGAGUCAUUCUGAUUAGCCGAUUAACCGAUUAGCCGACCCUAAAAAUCUUUCGGAAGAAA